AUGCCUCCAUCCAUAAUUCAUCAUCGAAAGCGGCUUCCAAUUGCUCGAAAAUUCUUGCUUCGACCUUUUCUCAAUUACAUCGAUCCUUGCCAGGGCACCACCCGGUGGAGUUCGACCAAACAAAGGAAGCGCAACCAAGUUCAAUCAACUGCGGACUAUAUUGCUGUUGAUUAUCCGAUGAUUCUAGUAGGUUCUAAUGAACGUUUUUCGACUUUUCAAGUUAGCUUUAGAGAAAGAGAGCGUGAGGGUAGGCUGAACAAUAAUCACAUGGAGAAGGAGAAGAUAGAUAGGCGAAAGAUUCGGCCACUGCGCACAGCUCAUCCCCGU